UGCCAGAUUUGUGCAAGCACAAGGGGAAGAAACGGCGCGCUUUCGAAACUUAUAGGCCUCUAUGGACGUACAAGCUAGCGAGCUGGCGUGCGCCAUGGUUCGCCUUGCAUCGCUCCCCUCUCGCUAGAGGCGGUAGGUCGAGUUAGCUGUGUAGGUUGAGCGCUAGAUUGAGAAAACGAGGAGAGGAGGAGUGGUGGAUCCGGCUCGGGCAGGUGUGAUUUCAGCUUCUCCGUUUUUGUUUGCCGAGGGCAAUUUCCCCACAGGUUGGGGCGAGGCCAGACUGGUCUUCGUUCCGUCGCCAAGGGAAGAGCCAACAGAGCAUUAAGCCAUAAUAAAAAUGUGUUAAAGUCUUCGAAGGUGCUGCUGCCACACAAUAUUUCGUUGGUUUCGCUAGCAGUAGGGAAGAUCGGCGGCAACACAGCGGACGAGGCGAUCCGGGUGUCACACACACCACCACCACACUCCUUCGCUCCCGGCUCCGACAGCUGCGUCGUCUUUGCAGUCUGCUGCCCGGGGAUGCGCUGAUCUCCGCGGAGCCUCGGUAGGAAGGCGUACAUGGAGCGACUGGAGCCCCUGUGGGUGAACAGGAGCUGUGCCAACGGUUCAUUGAUUGCUCUGGCUUGCCUCUCUGGUCAGACUGUCUGCCAGGUUGUUGGGGAUGUCAGCUCAACAGUCUCAUCCCACAAGAAUUUCACUUUACACACCAACUGGAUGGUACGGAUAGAAGACAAAUAUGGCUUCUAUAUUGGCUUGGCCUUGGCCAUCUUCUCCAGCUUCUUGAUUGGCAGCAGUGUCAUCCUUAAGAAGAAAGGACUGCGCCGGCUUGUGGAGAAAGGAGGCACCAGGGCGGGGGAUGGAGGUCAUGGCUACCUGAAGGACUGGCUGUGGUGGGCUGGUUUGCUCACCAUGGGUGGAGGAGAAGCUGCCAACUUUGCCGCCUAUGCCUUUGCUCCUGCAACAAUUGUUACUCCGCUCGGAGCCCUGAGUGUGCUCAUAAGUGCCAUUUUGUCCUCCUACCUGCUUGGAGAGCAUCUCAAUCUCCUGGGCAAACUAGGGUGCAUGCUGAGCAUUGUAGGUAGCACAGUUCUUGUGAUUCAUGCUCCAGAAGAAGAGGAAGUCACCACACUGGAUGAAAUGUUCUCUAAACUGAAAGAGCCAGGUUUUCUCGCUUAUGCUAGCAUUCUCUUGGUGGCCUGCCUGGUUCUUAUUUUUUUUCUAGCACCACGUUAUGGCCAGACCAACAUUCUCAUCUACCUCACCAUCUGCUCUGUGAUUGGGGCUUUCUCGGUAUCUUCGGUAAAAGGAUUAGGCAUCGCUAUCAAGGGCUUUUUUGCUCACCGGCCUGUUCUGAAGGACCCACUCACCUGGAUUCUUGUCCUCACAUUAGUGGCCUCUAUCACCACUCAAAUCAACUACCUCAAUAAAGCUCUGGACAUUUUCAACACCUCAAUGGUUUUCCCCAUCUAUUAUGUGCUAUUUACAACCAUUGUCAUCACCACUUCGGUCAUCCUCUUUAAGGAGUGGGUCACCAUGUCUGUAGUGGACAUCAUUGGGACUGUAUGUGGAUUCCUCACCAUUAUUUUAGGGGUGUUUUUACUCCAUGCUUUCAAAGAUAUGGACAUAAGUUUGAGGAACUUGCCACAAACACUUCAGAAUACUGACAAGGCCCCAGUAAUCAAAGACGACAAGAAUAUCCUAAUAGAGUUGGAUAAUCCAGACGCCAAGGCUGAAGGCAAACCCAAGGUAUUCAUGAUCUACAGUUGAAACCUAAUAGCAACAGUCCUGCAAUUUCAGGGACUGUACGUAGGUGUGCACGCAUAUACCAGACUUUCAUCGUAUGCAUCUUCUGAAAAAUGGCAACCAACUUGAGCACAAUGAACUAGCUCCCCCACAUUUUGUCUUAGUAAUCCUUUCUUUUCUUCCUUUGAAAUGCCACUGCACAUCCUGGACUCCAUGGAAUUGCCUUGACUGGUAUGAUUGUGCCUGUCUCAAACAAGAAGGUUUUCACUAAUCAUCUGAAGUUUAGUUGCAUCCCAAUGGCUGAAGUUGUUUCUAGGCCCCUUUGUAAGACAUCAUCACCUCUGACAACUUUUUAUACAAAAGCUUUACCAAGCUAUACCAAGGUACUGUUAGGCCAAGGAGAGCAUUAAAAUUUGACAUGUGAAGCUUCAAGAAAAGCUAUUGUGGCCUUUUUUUGGCCUGAUUACACAAUCCUAUGCUGGAAGUGGUAUGGAAAAUAAAUUAAUAUUUCUUUUUCUGAGGAGCUAAUUACACUAGAGAUCAGGCUAUACUAGGCCUCAUUUCUCAGACACACUAGCUUUCUAUUGUUGUCUGACAAUUCCUGAUGAAGGGGUAGGGUAGUCAAUCAUGUGAUUGCCUCCUCUGGACACUUAAGGAGUACAGUGCAAAUAGGACUUUGCCAGUUUUUUCUGUAUAUGCAUAUUAGCCUUUAGUGUCUUUUUGGCUUUCCACUAUUGUAAGUAGGUCUGACUAAAAAUUGGUGGUGUUACCUCAUUAAUUAUACUUGUGAUUGUUGCUCCGAUAUUGCAGCAACUAUCUUACAGUGCCAAUGAAUAUCAAGAGGAUAAUUGUGAUAUUGGUCUGAUUCCUUGUACCAGAAUGCCUAAGUAAAAAUAUAUCUUGAAAAGAUGUAACUGUCCCUAUACAAAGUUAUGAAAUACAUUCCAUCCCUAGUAAGCUUCUGAUGAGACCAAAUGCUGCUUGCAUUUCUGUUAGCCUCUACCAUUAUACCAAAGAGCUGGCAGUCUACCUAGGGUGUUUGACGACUACUUACCAUGCAGUGGUCAUGCAGCCAUAGGGAGAGACAGUUGCCUGCAGUGUUCGCUCAUGCAUUAGUAAGAAUUUUGCCAUACUUGCACUUCUUCCACAUUUGCGGUUGCAGAGAGAUGAUGAAAUUCUUAUCACUGCACAUGCCAGUGCUGCAUCCUCCUCCUCCUCCUUCAGCAUGGUUGAUUACACACUUGUGUGUACUCGGGUCCAGUGUUUAUUUUCCUCUAGUGAACUGGGAGCUGCCAGGAGAACAUGAGAAGCCCUGGAUCAUACCCAAGGAGCCAAUGCUGUAGCUCCUUCCCAUGACAAAUAGCAUCAAACCUGUGGAAACUGGAUUAAAGUUGCAGUAAGGCUGUUUUUCACAUGGGCCUGGGCUUUAACCUUGAUAAAUAGGAGAGUGAUGCUGUGGCUCCAGUAUCACCAGAGUAAAGUGAUGUGAAUAUUCUUAGUAAAUAGUCCUCUGUGUUCACUCAAAGUGCCUUAAUGGAGUACCAGAAUGGCAGUGGUGUCCCAUGAGUUCUGUUUGGGGUGCCAUGUUAUACCAUAAGUGAAAAAUAAUAUGCUAGAAGUCUAGAUCUGUAAGUGGUUGGGACCAUGUGUGUUUAUUUUCAAAUGCCUUAUUUAAACAGAGGAGGAAGAAUGCUUCGUAAUGUUAAGUUCUACGUGUAUGCAGUAGACCCAAAAACUUUUCUGUACAGCUCAGAUCCCAGUUAUGAUCACAGCAGUGUAAAUUGGGGUCAAGGCUGUCAAAGUCUUCAGAUUUAUGAUGUGAUAACAGGUGAAUGAGGUUUGGGUCCUAUGGUUGUUACUAUUUUCCAAAAUGCUUAUUAUCUUUCCUUUGGUCAAUGAAAGUCUUUUUGCUUAUCCUCAAUCACCAAGAAGUUGUAAAACGUUCUGUAACAGGCAUAUGCCUUUUCUUGUGGGAAACCAAAUUAGUCAGGGUUAUGGGGCAGAUGUUUUGAAAUCAUUAGACUGUUAAACCAAGCAAGAAAUGUUGAAUUUCUUAUUUUGUUUUUAAAGUUUUCUAGUUCACGUCUUUAGAAAAAGAGUUGAGCCUAUUCUUGAGCUCUAUCCCCCACCCCCCAAAUUCCUCUAAAUCAACUUUUCCCAACCUGGUACCAUCCAGAUGUUUUGUUCUACAACCCUCAUCAUCCCUGACUGUUGGCUAUGCUGCCAGAGGCUGACGAGAGUCAUAGUCUAAAACAUCUAGAUGGCACAAGGCUGGAGAAGGCUGCUCUAAAUGAAUGGGGCUCAGGAGCAAAUGGCAAAUAUUGACCAUCAUAAAAUUAUCAAAAAGGGCUCCCAUCCUGAUCCUGUGCCCUACUGUUGUGAAACAGUAAAUCAUAGCUUUGGGUGCAAGCUCAAUUCAUGGAGAAAUGUAUUCAUUUGCUAUUGGGAGGGGCAGCCUCAGUUUCUAUAGCAGUAUCUAUGAGAACACAUCCUAAGAUUUUUUGGGGGUGGCCCCAUCAACUGAGAGCUGGUGUGAAAGCCGUAGAGAGAGAAAUUUUUGGAGGCAAAAAUAACUGUGCUUCCUUGCUUCUUGCAUGCUAAUAAUUGCACAUUUCUUGUAUGUGCAACACACCAUCCCCAAAUCUGCUCCAGAGGAUUGGGAGAAUUUCCAAACAGAUUUAGGUGGUGUGCUUGGAGGGGGAGGAAAAGGGGGAUAGUUUUUAUGGAGCGAAUUACUUAGUACCACAUGGAUACAAGCUUCCUUCCUUAUCAUUGAAAUUGGUGGGUUUUUAUUCCAGAACGAAGGCUGUAUUGUAGAGCUCAGACAGCAUCUAUUUGGGUGCACCUGGCUGGGCUUAUGCAAUUUCAUAAAGGAAUUAUUUCCCCUCCCCUUCCCAAUGUCACUCUUAGAUUAGCUGUCAUUCUGCUUGCCUUUCCCUUUGCAGCUUCAUUUCCAAUACAAAAUGAUCUCUACAUUUAAUUGGCUUUCAUAUUUACGGUGGUAUGUGCGUUUGAUACUAGGUAUGAAAAGUUGAUGCACUUCUAGUUACUUCUAAAUUUGAGGCCCUUUGUUCUCUUGGGGGAUGGAAAAAUAUGGCAUUUGAAGCCUCCUGGAUGUUUAGCUCUACAGCAUAAUGAAAUCUUGUAAGAUUUGGUGGGAAGAUUGAUGAGUAGAGCUCUAUGGAGAUUGAAGUACAUCCAAGUUCAUCUCAUUAGAACGAAACUCUGAACCAUUUCAGUAUCAACUGGAGAAUUUAGAUUUGAUACUGAUGCUGUCUUCUGUGUUACAAGUAAUAUCUGGAAAAGGGAGGAAAUCGAUCUCAAAUUAGCACACACCACAGAUCUGAGACCAAGGAAGGUUAUCAGCUUUGUUGAGAGAGCAUCCUCCAAAACUCUACAGUAGUCUACAAUUGUGUGGCACAAGCCUGUGCUCUUCAUUAUCUACAAAGGUAUUUUUAAACUCCUGAGAUCUUUGUUCCUAAUGAAUGUAUUUUACAAUUCAAUAAGGUCAAUGUAGCUUUAUGAAUAGUUAUGAUGGUCAACUGGUAUGUGUCCCCCAAGUUUGAGUGUAUGACAUUUCAACACUACUCAUUUGUACUUG